AUGCGAUGCGUUCAUUUGGCUGCACGAUUUACGGUAGGAAGGUACGAGAUCAAUAGAUCUAGUGUUAUCUAGAGUAAUCUUUUAUUAUAACAACAAAAAUUUAUACAUUUUAUCACAUUUUAUGCAUUUUAAAUAUCCUUUUUUAAAAAAAAUACUAUAUUUUCUGUUAAUAUUAUGAUAUUUUCAAAAUUUCAUAAUUUAAAGUUUGACAUUUCAUUGAUUUUAUAUAAGAAAAAAUAACAUAUAUUUUCUUAAUUUUCAUAAUCAUAAUAAUAUCUUGUAAAAAAUUUAACCCAAUGAUCUAUUAUUGUUUGUUUUAAGUAUUAAAAUUUGACUUGUGAAAACAUAACGGUGACAUAACCUUUACAAAACACGAUGCAUAUGUUUAAUUAAAGGUUACGAUAAUAGAAUAGGAUAAAGUUUUUGUUAAAAAUUUUGUAUUCAUUUUUUUUUUUAACUGUGCUAGCCUUCAUUUAUUUAGGACAAAUAUCAAAGUGAAAAAUAAAUGUAUGACUAUUAACUUGUUUAUUUUCUAGAUGGCCGAUACAAUUGAACCAAAAGAAACAACAGCUCAGGAGAACAAAAGUACUUCUGCAAAGACGAAAAAAGGUGGGAAGGGAGGAAGAAUUAGGCCUAGAAAUUACAAUCUAGGGAAUGGCGUUUAUAGAUUUAGUCGUACUCGCAUGUUUCAUAAAAAAGCCAUCUAUAAAUUCAUCGAUAAGAAAACUCCAAAAACUGUUAAGCCUAAAAAACCAAUCACCAUUGAAAAGAAAAUUAGUGGUGAUAAAAAUGGAGAAAAACGAAUAGUGUUGUUAAAAAAGAAGCGUGCAAAUUUUCCUACUGCAGAUCCAGUAACCGUGCAUCACUCCAAAAAAUGUUUUCGAGAUCACCACCGAUAUUUGAGAUCUUCUUUGCAAGCAGGAACUAUUUGUAUCCUGUUAGCUGGCCUUCAUAAAGGAAAGCGUGUUGUUUUCCUGAAGCAACUUAAAAGUGGACUACUCUUGGUCACUGGUCCUUUCAUGAUCAACGGUUGCCCCCUUCGUAGAGUUAGCCAGAAUUAUGUAAUCGCUACUUCAACGCGUAUCAACAUUUCUGGUUUAAAGAUUCCAGCUCACAUCAAUGACGAUUAUUUCAAAAGAAAACGCGAGAAACGCGCGAAGAAGGAAGAAGGAGAUAUUUUCAGUAAAAAGAAGGACGAAUAUAAACCAAAUGAUCAAAGAAAGGCUGAUCAAAAAUUGGUUGAUAAAUUUAUAAUCGCUGCUAUUAGGAGAAACAAAGAGAAAAAAACAUUAUUCACAUAUUUAUCAGCGAUGUUUGGUCUGAGGAGCAACCAGUACCCACACAGAUUGAAAUUUUAAUCUUUUGUGAUUUGAUUACAAAUGUAUAUAAUAAAUACAGAAACAAAAUAAAUUCUUUUGAAACUUUGAUUAUAAAUAAUCAUAA